ACUCGGUUCCCUCCCUCUUCAGACUUUUGGCCCUCUCUCUGCGCCUCUUCCUCCUCCUUGCCUCGCUCCCUCCUUCUCCCCUCUCGCCGAGCUCCCCCAUUCCUUAUGCAAAUCACGCCCUCUUCUCACUCCCUUUCUCGCUCUCUUUCUCUCUGCGCGACGUGCAUCCCUCGCUCGCCACUCUGGUGAAAAAUUGUGACUGUACCGAAGGCGAAAAAAAAGUGCAAGUCGCCUCGGAGAAAGGGAGUGAGGGGAGAAAGAGAAAAGGGGCGAAGGGGGUGGGGAGGCAAGCGUUAUACGCAUCAAUUUGUACAGUCUUCAGUGGCACCCCCGUUUUUCCUGCAACGACUUGAAAGAGAAUUCUCCUGCAUUACAAUACCGUUACAAUGUGAUCCAGCAGCAGCCCCUGGGUAGAGAAGCGUGCGCCUCGGCGAAUGUAUGUCGGGCUGUGAUAUAGAACAACAACACAAAUAACGUAUAGAGCCGGAGACUGAGAGAGGGACACGCAUCGCUGGAUUUAUAGGUUUUAUAGGUUGUAAUACACAGUCUACACACUAAUAGACACCCUACACCACCACCUCCACCUGUUAACUCCCAGCAAUGGCAUGUGUUGUAAAAUGGACCUCAUAGAGAAGGAGCGAUGAAAACCCGAACACACAAGGAAUCGAUGCCCAUGCGUAGUGGGCGCAGGCGGGGGGGCAGUGAGGAGCGGAGGGGCCGGCGCCCGCACGCCAGCCCACCUCGCCCCGAACGCAACGACAGGCCGCCGCAGCGUGCCGCUGUGGAGGAAUUGUCUGGAAACCGCUUUGAUCGCAGAUCGCAAGGCCAUGAUUCAUCAGAGAGUGAGGGGGAGGAGCUGGUCUCACCACCCAAAAGACAGAAAGUUCAGGAUGCGGCCUCCACCCCAAAUCCCCCCACCUCAACACGCACGGCCGACAGCUCUGCCCCUUCCACGGUCCCCCCUCCAACCUCUGUUGCCAGCCAAGCUCGAGAGAGUGACAACGAAGACGGCCAAUCCCAGGGCAGCAGGAGUUCAGUUGUAGGGAGCCUGGCCAAUAGCAGCAGUAGUUUGAGCAGUGGGCGGGACAUAGAUCAGGACAAUCGCUCCUCAUCCCCGAGUCUCUCCGCUUCCCCCCUGGGCAGCCUGGACUCUGAUUCGGACGGCCCAGAAUCACCAAAGCAAGGAGAGAGGGAGAGAGAGAAAGGAAAAGAGGGAGGAGUGGGGAAGUCAGCGGGAGACGAGCGGAGAACAAGCCGAGAGGGAAGAGGGGAGGAUUCCUGCGGAGACGGAGAAAAGAGGGAUGGAGAGGGCAGAACAGAGGACGGCUCCUCCUUCAAACCCCCGUCCACCCCUUGCUCCUCCUCCCCUCUGACCCCCUCUCUCCGGGGUUCAUCGGACGCCGGCGGCGACGGCGGCGGCGGCGGGAGGAAGAACUACUUCUCCCUGGACUCCAAGCUGGUGUGCAAGGUGGAGUACGGCGGGUCGGGGGCCGGCGACACCCCGCACGGCCCCGGCCGCAUGAACUCCAAAGGCACCGCGCAGUGUGUGAACAAGGCCGCCGUCUCCGGGGGAGACUAUCCCCACGGCAACCCCAACAUUCCACACGCGCUCCCCCAGCCCCUGCCACCCCCGCCGGCCCUGAAGCCCCUGGAGCUGGGCGGGGUGCAGAACCUGCCCGUGGAGGUGAAGGUGGAGAGGGAGAAGCUGGAGAAGGCCGACAAGCCGGGCGACAAGGCCCAGACUAAUCCUCCAUCUUUGUUGCCACAGACGGGCCCCCAGCCCCAGUCCCAGCCUCCCCCCCACCCACACCACUACAGCUCCACCAGCUGGCAGGGUGGCACGGCCACCGGUUGCCAGGGGAGCUGGGGCUACGCCCGUUACCCUGGCAACCACCACCCACACCAGCCGCAGCACCAACCCCCAGUGCAGCAGCAGCAACUCCCCUCUGUUUACAACCCCCCGUCCUCUCGCCACUCCUCCUCCCAUCCCUCCUACCUCCCCCACCCUCACGCCCACCCCCACAGGGAGUACCUUCCCAGGUACGCCGGUGGGGGAGGAGACCGGGAGAGGGGGGCCGCAGGAGAGAGGGAGCGGGGAGUGAGGGGCGAUUGCGGGGGCAGAGAGAUCAACAGGGAGUUUGCUGCUCCGCUAAGCAACAGCGGUAACAGCAGCAGCAGCAGUGGCGGUGGUGGUGGUGGAGGUGGAGGUGGUGGUGGUAGCAGUGGUGGUGGGGGCGGCAACUGCGCAACCACUUGUGGUGGAAUGGGCGGGGCCAAUGGCAUCGCAGGCAGGGAGUUUGGGAGCAUGUCGGUGGCUCAGAACCGGGAGUUUCAAGGUCCUGGGAGAGACUUAGACAACAUGGGCCCCGGGGGGAGGGACUUUGGGCCAGCCUUCAGAGACAGAGACAGAGAGCGGGACCGAGAUGGGGGGAAGGAGUUUCCUCCAUCCAAUCAGAACCAGAAUAGAGACUUUGGCCCCAACGGAGCCGGAGGGGGCCAUCCCAGAGAGAAAGAAGGGGGCCGCUGGGGUGAAUUUGGAGGUCAGACUAGAGAGGCGGGAGGCAGCAACAACAACAACAACAACCCAAACAACAACUCUGUUUCCCAGGGCAACCCCCCGGGCUCCGCCACGGGGCUCCCUGUGGCCCCCAUGCUGAACCGGGACCCGCCGGCGUCCCCCCAGACCAACCCCAGCCACCCCCCUCAUGGCCCCAUGCCCCCACAGCCCCACCCACACCCCUCCAACCCCCCCGGCCGGGACUACCCCCCCACCUUAGACCAGGCCCAGAUCGGGGCGGACCGCGGGGGAGAGCACUUCCACAGAGACUACCCCCCGGGGAAGGACUACCCUGCAGGCGGGCCCACCUCUGGGGGCCCCAACAGAGAGUACCUCAGCUCCCCGGGGAUAGCGCCCAACCUUGGGCGAGAGUACUCGGGGCCGGAGAGGGGCCCGCACUCCCACCCCCACCCACCCCACCCCCACUACCAGCCGGGGCCCCGGGACAGAGAGCGAGACAGGGAGUCCAACCUGCGCGAAUCGGCCCUUUACCAAAGGGGCGGCCCCAAUCAACCCCCUGCGCUCUCUCCGUCCUCCUCCUCCUCCACCUCCUCCUCCAGCCACCACGGUCACCCUCCCAACGCCCCCUACCCUCCCCCCCCUCCCCCCCUCCCUCCCCAGCCCUCCCAUGCCCAGCCCCUCCAGACAGGCUUGGGGCCCAACGCCCGCCCUCCACACUACCAGUCCUCCAACCAGACUCCGCCCACGCCGCUGUCCCCGCUGCCCAGCCCCAACACCAACCCCAUGGGGGGCUUCCCGCCGUUCCCCCCCGGGUCCUCUGCGGGGUCAAACCUGCCGCUGGCCGGGCCAGGGGGGCCGGGCGGGCCCCCCUCCUGCUCCCCCAGCUGUCGCCCCUUCCACGGCACCCUGAACAGCCACCCUUCUUUCAGCGGGCCGUACCACGCCAACGGCAACGCCGGGGGGAACAUGGCCGGCGGCAACAGCAACAUGCCCCCGAACAACAGCAACACCAACUCCCAGUCGCUCUCGCCGCAAAACGCUUCCAAGGGUCCUCCGUCGCUCAGCAACCUGGGCAACAACAACAACAACAGCAACAGCAGCAGCACGGCGUCAGGCCCCACCUCCAGCUCUUCCCAUCCCGCAGAGGGGCACGCCGACGCCGCCACGGGCCAGCUCCCCGCGCCCGUCAUCAAGGAGGAACCCAUCGAGGAGAGGGAGGAGAGUGUGAGCCCGCCUCCGGUGCUGAGAAGCCCCUCCCCCGAGCCCAAGCAAGUGGACAUCCCCAUCCACGCCAGCCAAUCAGCACGGUUCCACCGAGUCCUUGACCGCGGCAGUGGGAACUCCUGCGCCCGCAGCGACGUCCUCUUCGUCCCCCUCGACGGCUCCAAGCUGUGGAAGAAGAGGAACGACAUGAUCGAGAGGGCCCGCAGAGAGGUGGAGCAGAGGGCGAGAGACCUGAGGGAGAAAGAGAGGGAACGAGAGAGAGAGCGGGAGCGGGAGAGAGAGUUAGAGAGGCACUUACAGCAGCAGAAAGACAUCAACAACAGCGCUGCGGGCCGACAGGGAUCCUCCCUCUUCUUCCCCUCUUCCUCCUCCAUGAUACUGGACCCUUCGUCCUCGUCCGCCUCCUCUUCGGUCACCCAGUCCCACCCCAUGUCCCACGCCCAGCAUCACCACGCCCACCCUCACGCCCACCUCCACCCCUCGCACCCCCUCCACCAGUCCCUCUCCCACUCCAUCCCCCACUCCCUCCUCCUUCCAUCCAUGGGCGGGGGAUCGGCGGUGGUUGGCGGCCAGGGGGCCUUGGGCAUGGGGUUAGGGGGUCCUUAUCUGGGCCCCGACACCCCAGCACUAAGAACCCUGAGUGAGUACGCUCGCCCCCAUGCCAUGUCCCCCCUGGGGGCGGCGAGUCGUGCGCAAGCCCACCACCCGCACGUUCACCACGGCCACCCGCACGUCCAUCCCUCCUUCUUCCUCCCCCAGUUCCAGAACCACGCCCUGGCCCACCCCCACCACAUGCCCGCCGACGCCGCCACGGCGGCCGCCAUCCUGGGCUUCCUGUACGGCGGCGGCCUGGAGGGCCAGGGUCACCCGGGGGUCGGGCCGGGUCACGGCGGGAUGGGGGCGGCGGGGCUGGGCGGGAUGGGCUUCCCCCACGCGGUGGCCGCGCACCGCGACCGCAUGAAGCAAGGCUUCGAGUUCAAGAGCGAGGACCGGAUGUACCAGCCGGGCGCCAUGUCCGACCAGACCGCUCUGGCCCUCGCUCACUCCCACUCGCACGCCCACGCGCACGCACACGCCCACGCGCACGCCCACGCACACUCCCUCCUCCUCGGGGGAGGCGGAGGGGGAGGCAACGAGGUGUCCCUCUACGGCACCCCCCCUCCCUCGGCGCAGCCCGGCCCCCCCCACCACCAGAGUCCGACUAUGGCCCAGAUGACCCGACCCCCCCACCCUCCCCCACCUCAGGCCCACUCCAACCCCCCCACCCCCUCCCUGAUGCCUCCGUCCCUGCCCUCUCACCCGCCUUCUGCCCCCAACAAUGCACCCCCACCCCCGGGGGGGCCCACCACGACAGCCCCGAGUAACCCUCCCCCUGCACCGAUCUCCUCCGCCUCCUCCUCCAACCCCACCUCCUCCCUCCACCACCCAGCGCCUCACGCCUCCUUCCCCAGCUCCCUGCCCUCCCACCCCCCCCCGGCCCCUGCACCGUCAGCAGCCCCCGAGCCCUAUGCCCCCACCACCCGCUCACCCCCCUCCAACGAGAGGGACCGCAGCGUGGACAGAGAGAGGGACAGGGAUAGGGACAGAGGGGGCUUGCCUGCCCCGGGCGAGAGAGAGCGGGAAAGAGAACGAGAGCGAGAAAGAGAUGGAGGGGGAACAGGGGGGGGAGGUGGAGGAGGAGGAGCAGCAGGAGGAGGAGGAGGAGGUGGAGGGGAGAACCUGGGGCGUCUUCAGAUGUUGAACGUGACCCCCCAUCAUCACCAGCACUCACACAUCCACUCCCACCUCCACCUGCACCAGCAAGACACAGCAGCGGGCGGGGUUCACCCCCUGAUGGACCCGUUGGCAUCGGGGUCUCCGCUGGCACGUCUCCCCUACCCCGGUGCCACGCUCGGCACCCCCAUCCUGGCCCACCCCCUCACUGACAGCGAGGUCCUCCGCCAGCAGCUGUUCGGUGAGGAGAAGGCUCCUCGUCCAUGUGCUCCGUUCCGUGACCUGCCCCAGCCCUCCUCUCUCAGCGGCCCGAUGUCCGCAGCCCACCAGCUCCAGGCCAUGCAGCAGGCCCAGAGCGCAGAGCUGCAGAUUCAGAGACUGGCCCUGGAGCAGCAGUGGAUCCAUCACCACCACCACCACUCUCUUACCCAGGAGGAGUACUACAGUCACCUGAAGAAAGAGAGUGACAAGAGCCUGUGAGGGGAGGGGCACCAGAGAGAGAACUGCAGAGAAAAAAACACUACAGUAUGGUCUGGAACACAAUGUAACAGAAGUACAUGGGCACUGAUAAAGAAAGGGGACGAAGACAAAGAUACCCCUGGACUUUUGGAGAACAAGGAUUUAUUGAAGGAAAGUGAAUUAUUGUAAUGGAGUAAAAAGAGAGGGAGAGAGAGAAGGAGAGAGAAGGGAAAAUGUUGCACACACUUAAUGUUUUAACUGUCAAAUGUCCAAGAGCCACACGAAAGCACUUCCCUGUGUAUCUCCUUCUCUCCAGUUGUGUUUUUACAUUGUGCUCUGUACAGUAUAUUAGGUGGGGCAGCAAUAGUGACGUACAGUAAGUGUAAAUUACCUUAUGCCAGAAGGAAUGUGUACAUGAGUCUCUUUUCUGUCAUUGCAUGUAGCUAGGCACUUAUUCUAAACUGGUGGAACUUUUGGCUCUAUUUUUAGUAUUCAUCCCCUCUUUUGUAUCCGAGGGGCAUUCUAUAUGCAUGAGACCAGCGAUUUUAGUGUUCUAUUAUGUUUAUUAUGAUCAACUGUAUUGUUAUUAUGAUUAUUGAUGUCCGUUUGUUGAUAAUUAUAUAAUUAAAUGAAAAUAUUAUUUGUAUUAUUUUUUUUACAUUUUCAUGGUAUGGCUGUCAUUUUUGAGUUCUUUUUUUUUAAUUUCCAACUUAAACUUGUGAAACAAGAUGCAAACAAAGACAAAAAAAUGUGAAAAUAAAUUAUAAUC